GGUGUCUAAACGUGAUAGGCAAAUUGUCGGGGACUAUUAAGACCCCGUGCAAUACCGCACUAGUUUUUUCAGGGGUAUUUAGCGUCGUCGGCAUUCAAGACGAUAAGGCAUUUCCCCACCAACAUCUAUUGAUCACUCUCAAAUAUGCACGUUUUCGCGAUGAAUUAUGUAAAGAUUGGGGGCAAAAUAUGUAUAGUGGGCUGAUCGUUGAAGGAUCUAUAUACUUUGAAGUAGACAGUCCGGUUUGAGAAAAAUAAAACUUUUCAAUUGUAAUUCAGAUGAAGACUCUCAACGAUCAAUCAAUCGAAUUCCCCUUCAUUGCACCACAUCUGGGCAACAUGGAUGCUGAACACAAUGCUGCGAAGUCUCCAGCGAAAGCUGCUCAUGUUAAUAUGAUGACAGACUGUAUCAUUGCAAAUAUGCCAGUGGACGGUCUACGAUCAAUACUUCGAGGGCUCUUGGGGGAAAAUACUUCGAAUACUGCCAGUCUCACCAAACUUGCGUCAAAGUAUCUUGCAAACACGAAGCCAUCAUCCAUACCGGAGCUCUUCGACACAUCUGACGGAUCACCGAAACCAACUUUAGAUCUGCAGCGAAUUCAAAGUAGAUAUAGGUGUCUUAUGGGCUGUGGAUUUGGAUUCGAAAGUGUGGAACUUCUCACUGCCGUCAUACAUCAGAUACAAAAGUUGGAGUGGAAUGAUGGGACGGCAGAAGGAGAAGAGUUCUUGGAAAUUCUAGCAACUAUCGAUGGGGAUGUUGUACAGUCAACAACAGCUGUACAUAAACUACUUCUAACUAGUUCAGGAAUGCGCCCUAUGAAUACCGAAGAUUCCAAGACUAUUUCCACAUUACGAGAAAUACUAUAUACCUGCAGAAGUUUUGCUAUUACUCGCGGGCAAGAUUUUCCAUUUGAACGUGGACUAUGCUGUCUCGAGAAAUUGAUUGAAGGGACCGGAAGCGAAAUUCAGCCUUUACAAAGGGAUGAAAUCAGUCGAACAAAUGGCUUUAAAUCAUCCAAAAUUGUACUAGAAUCAUUUCAGUUGGGACCAGCUGAAGUACCCAGAAUGUUUAUGGGACUCUGGCAAUUCUCCAGCCCUGCUUGGGGGACUGCUUCUAGAUCGAAGAUUGAUCGUCAUUUUAGGAAGCAUGUGGAUUCUGGGCUUAUUGCAUAUGAUAUGGCUGAUCAUUAUGGUGAUGCCGAAGUGACAUUCGGUCAAUUUCGAUCGGGACAAGAGGACUCCGAGAAGAUAUACUGUGCGACAAAAUGGGCCGUCUUCGAACCUAUCCAAGUAACAAAAGAGGUUGUAGAUGCGAACAUUUCAGAGCGUCUCACUGCGAUAAACUCCACAAGCGUGGAAUUGCUCCAAUUUCAUUGGCAAGAUUACAACGAUCACCAGUAUGUAGAAGCCGCGCGAUUGAUAGAGAUGCAUCCCAACGUCCAAAGCUUGGGUCUCUGCAAUUUCGACUCCGAUCAUAUGUGCGAAAUUCUGGAAAGCGGUGUCAAGGCAGUAUCAAACCAAGUUCAAUUCUCUCUAAUAGAUCUGAGGCCCACUUUCAAGAUGGCUGAGAGUUGUAGGAAACAUAAGGUUAAACUACUUACUUAUGGCUCGCUAUGUGGCGGGUUUUUAGCUGAGAAAUGGAUUGGAAAACCUGCCCCCAAUCUUUUCGACAAGAACAUGACUCCAAGCCAUCGCAAGUAUUUCGAAAUGAUCAACAUAUGGGGAGGAUGGAUACUUUUUCAAGAGUUAUUAAAUGUUCUGGCCAAAAUUGGAUCCGAGCAUAACGUUUCUGUUUCGAGUGCGGCGAUAAGAUGGGUGUUGGACCACGAUUAUGUCGGGGCUGUAAUAAUAGGCGCAAGAAUGGGGAUCAGCGAGCACAUUGACGAGAACCUCAAAGCUCUCUCGUUUAUUCUCGACGAGGAAGAUAAAGAAGCGAUACAAAAUGUAUUAAAUAGAUCAAGAGCGAAAGACAUUUUCGAGGCGAUGGGAGAUUGUGGAGCGGAAUAUAGACAGUAAACUCAAAAUUGAAGUAAUUUGGAACAUUCGCUGUUUGAGCAAAUGCACUUUCGGGUUACGACCCAAGAAGAGAAGAGGCGAACUUUGUACAAAGGUGGGGGGA